GAAUUGUUAUUUUUCUAAGUUUAUACAGUUACUGUUGUAAAAACAGGCCAUAUGUGUCUGUCAAACUUUCCAACAAUCAGCUGGAGGGUUUUCAUAUUUCUUUUUGAAGUAUGAAAUAGGCUACCAACAAAAAAAUGAGGAGAAAAGCAACUGCAAAAAAUUUCUCAUUCAGGAGGGCACAGGGAAAUGCUAACAUCAGCCUUAAAUCACGAGAAAAUAUACCUUUCCGGCUGAUAUCAGGUAGACCUUCUAAAUCUCCGGCUGGGAAAGGCCUGGGAAAAGCAGGAGCCAAACGUUUGGGCCGACUACUGAAACGAGCCAUCCAGCACAAGGAGUCCGCAGGAGAGAGAAACGAUUCUCUGCCGAAGACUCCUGUUCGCCUCUUAAAGUACCAGAUUCAAACUGAGGCUGAGAAUGCACCCAAGACAAACACUGUGCCGCUGGCUUCGCAUCAUGUCUCCCAGCUCAUUCUCAGUGUGGUUUCUCAGUGCAAACACCGAGGUGGCAUGUCUAUGGCAGAGCUCAAGCAGACACUGGCUGCUGGAGGCUACAAUGUCACCAAGAACAACAGGCAGGUUAAUGUGGUGACCAAAAGGCUAGUUAACAACGAGACACUUGUACGAACUACGAGAAAUGCAUCAUUCAUCAGACUGAACAAUAAGAAACUGGCUGACACAGCGCGCUUGACACAUGAAAUGAAUUCUCCAAAACCAAAAGAAGAUGUGAAACAAAGCAUAACAAGCAGCAACCCCCCCAAAGAAACAGGAGAGUCACAGACACAGGCCACAAAGACUACCAGAGCAGCAGGGAAAUCCAGAAAACCAAACAGCAAGACUCGCAAACCAGCAGCGAAAUCACAAAAAACAAAAGGCAAGACUCACAAACCAGCAGCAAAAUCACAAAAACUGAAAGGCAAGACUCGCAAACCAGCAGCUAAAUCACAAAAACCGAAAGGCAAGACUCACAAACCAGCAGCAAAAUCACAAAAACUGAAAGGCAAGACUCGCAAACCAGCAGCAAAAUCACAAAAACCAAAAGGCAAGACUCGCAAAUCAGCAGCAAAAUCACAAAAACCAAAAGGCAAGACUCGCAAACCAGCAGCAAAAUCAUACAGACCAAGACGCAAGACACCCAAAGUAAGAAGAAAAUCAUCAAAACGCAGAUCUGUGAAGAGCCGAGUGGUAUGGCUUCGAAAAUCACAGAGGAAGACUCAAAGGGCUCGGAGACGUAGACCAAAGCAAAACCUCUAUCCAUAUAAAUCUUCCUGGAGAAGACAACAACCAAAACGGAGGCUUCUUAAAAUGAGAUUAAGAUCAAGAACACGGCAGCGUAGGGUGGCCAGGAGAAGCGUUUACUAUUAGAAUUUGUGUUUGGAUUUAAUUUAUGGUGAGCAGCAAUAAACCGAAACCUUUCCAGCAACCUGAAA